AUGGCCAAACGAAAGUGGAAUUUUGUCGAUAAAUUUUUCAAUGAUAAUGAUUUGCAAUCAGUUCUUGCACAAAAUAAGGUGUCUGUGAAAUGUGCAGAAGAAGCAAAAGCUGAAAAGAAGAUCACAUACAAAUGUUCGAAAUAUCGAAAAUAUCCUGAAUAUGAGUUUCAAAUGAAAGUUAUUUCAGAUAAUUAUGGUGAAAUAAUGUUUUCACCAUCAAAUACAUAUAAUCAUGAUUAUCGUGCAACAAAAAUACGGGCACCAUUACCAGUUAGAGAUAUUGUUAGAAAUGCUGCUGCAGCUGAUCUUUCUCAAUGUCAAACACGUCGAGGUAUCCAAAAUCAAUAUGAAGGUAUUGUUUCACGUUCACAAAUAACUAAUUUAUUAAAAUAUUAUCGGUCAAUUACAACACCUGAUGUAUAUUCAGUGGAUGAUUUACAAUCGUGUUGUAACCAACGUUCAGUAUUAGAUUCUGAUCGAAUGUUAAUGCAUGAUCCUUUCAUACCAACAUUUUAUGUAAAUUCAUGUAAUGAAUUAUUUAUGUUUAUUACAACACGUAAAUUCAUUUCUACUGCUCAAUUAUCUAAUCUGCUACAAGCUGAUGCAACCUUUUUUUAA